CGAGCGAGAACGACGGGGGGGGGGAAUAUUAUAUCUGUGAUUCUGUCGAGCAGCGGGGAGGGGGAACGAGAACGAGGAAAGCCCUUCCGAGCGAGGCGGCUAAACUGGUUAGCUAACAGAGACCUGAUAGCGAUCAGCUGGAUACCGAGGCGAAAGGACGUUACAUGCGACCGUAGCAACAAAGAAGAGCCCGUUUAUGGUGUCGGGCCGAACGGCUCCUCGUUUUUCACCCGCUUCUGGUUCGAUUAGCCAGCCCGCGUCGUGUUUUGUGGACCCGGACUAAGCACUGCAAGAAGAAACCCCUGCUUUGGUGGACAGCGCAGGUGCAUUCAUUCCUUUUCGCCGGAGGUCGGCAUGUCGGAUGAGGAUUCUCGAGCCAGCACCAGUUCUUCAUCGUCAUCAUCGUCGUCGUCGUCUUCAUCAGCCCAGCAGCAGCAGAAACAGAAAGGCUCCUCGGGUAACAAGCGAGAGAGCAAAGGCAGCAUGAGCAAGACGUCCAAACUGCUGUCGACCAGCGCCAAAAGGAUUCAGAAGGAGCUGGCUGACAUCACGCUGGACCCGCCCCCGAACUGCAGUGCUGGGCCUAAAGGAGACAACAUAUAUGAAUGGAGGUCUACAAUCCUUGGACCCCCUGGAUCUGUAUAUGAAGGAGGGGUUUUCUUCCUUGACAUUGCAUUUACACCAGACUACCCCUUUAAACCACCCAAGGUAACAUUCCGCACCAGAAUCUACCACUGCAACAUUAACAGCCAGGGUGUGAUCUGUCUGGACAUCCUGAAGGACAACUGGAGUCCUGCCCUAACCAUCUCCAAAGUGUUGCUGUCCAUCUGCUCUCUACUCACAGACUGCAACCCUGCUGACCCUCUUGUUGGGAGCAUUGCCACACAAUACAUGACCAACAGAGCGGAGCACGACAGGAUAGCGAAACAGUGGACGAAGCGCUACGCCACAUAGCCGCACAAUGUAACCACGUGCAGUGUCUGGCGCCAAGACAAGAGCUGCUCACAGAACAUGGAGAGGGGCUGGGAGGACCAAGGUUUCUACUGCAGAUUUUAAGUUGUUUAUUGCUUGGGUAUACUUCCGUUUACCACUUUAAAUCGUCUUAGCCCUGCUAGAAUUACGAAUUGAGCAAUACUUUAAAUUUGCCAGUUUCCCCCUGUAUUUUUGUUCUAUGGAUUUUUGUCCGUUUGUGCAGUAAAAUUAAGGAUCCAUUUUCAUAUCACUUGCUUGUAAAGAAUAUGAAAGCUUGUUUUUUCAUGUUUGAAGAUUUUUCAGUUUUCAGUGUGAACCUUUAAUAAAUUCUCUUGGUGAAUAA